CAUAGUCUCCGGCCAUUCUAACCCGGGGGUUGAAAUUCAGUCGUUCAGAUUUUGCAAGGCUGUUUCAAAAAGGAUGUCGCCCACGAUUCAUGAGUUGGCUGAGCAGCGGGGUAGCGAAGAAUCGCACGUUUCCAAAAAAACCCUGAAAGAGGAAAUAGAAUCCAUUCUGAGGGAGCGUAUUAUGGUUUUGGAUGGAGGCAUGGGGACCAUGAUCCAGGAAUAUUCCUUAGGAGAAGAGGAAUUUCGAGGUCAAGAAUUUAAGGAUCACCUGAAACCACUCAAGGGAAAUAAUGACCUGUUGAGCAUAACUCAGCCGGAUAUCAUCUACAAAAUUCACAAGGAAUACUUGCUUUCUGGUGCUGAUAUCAUUGAGACAAAUACUUUUAGUAGCACUAAAAUAGCACAAGCUGAUUACAGCCUUGAACAUCUGGCUUAUCGGUUAAAUAAAAUAUCAGCCCAGAUAGCUCGAAAAGCAGCUGAUGAUGUUACUGCAGAGAUGGGAAGUAAAAGAUACGUUGCUGGGGCAAUGGGCCCCACAAACAAGACCCUUUCUGUUUCCCCAUCAGUGGAAAGUCCUGAUUAUCGGAAUGUUACUUUUGAUGAAUUGGUAGAUGCCUACACUGAACAAGCCAAAGGUCUUUUAGAUGGUGGAGCAGAUAUCAUGCUGGUUGAAACCAUAUUUGAUACAGCCAAUGCCAAGGCAGCUCUCUUUGCUCUCCAAAAGUUAUUUGAAGAAGAUUAUGAACCGAGACCCUUGUUUGUAUCAGGGACCAUUGUUGAUAAAAGUGGCCGUACUCUCUCUGGACAGACUGGGGAAGCAUUUGUCAUCAGCAUAUCUCACAGCCAGCCACUUUGCAUUGGGCUAAACUGUGCUUUGGGAGCAGUUGAAAUGAGACCCUUCAUUGAAGCAAUAGGAAAGUGUACAACUGCUUACAUCAUUUGUUAUCCCAAUGCAGGUCUUCCUAAUACCUUUGGUGGUUAUGAUGAAACACCUCAAGUGACUGGCAAGCACAUUAAGGAUCUUGCCUUAGACGGUUUGGUCAACAUAGUUGGUGGCUGCUGUGGGACCACUCCAGCACAUAUCCGGAAGAUAGCUGAAGAAGUAAAGGCAUGCAAACCUCGGAUCCCCCCUGCCUCUGUCUCUGAAGGCUACAUGCUGCUGUCAGGUCUGGAGCCCUUCAGGAUUGGAAAAUACACCAACUUUGUUAACAUUGGUGAACGUUGCAAUGUUGCAGGAUCAAGGAGAUUUGCCAAACUUAUAAUGGCAGGCAAAUAUGAAGAAGCCUUGAGUGUAGCCAAAGCCCAAGUUGAGAUGGGAGCUCAGAUCCUGGAUAUCAACAUGGAUGAUGGAAUGUUAGAUGGUCCAAGUGCUAUGGCCAGAUUCUGCAACUUUAUUGCUUCGGAGCCUGACAUUGCCAAGGUGCCCCUUUGCAUUGAUUCCUCAAACUUCUCUGUAAUAGAAGCUGGAUUGAAGUGUUCGCAAGGCAAAUGCAUAGUGAACAGCAUCAGUCUGAAGGAAGGUGAAGAGGAUUUCCUAAGAAAAGCAAGAACAAUUAGGAGAUAUGGAGCAGCAGUGGUGGUUAUGGCCUUUGAUGAAAUGGGGCAGGCCACAGAAACAAAAGAGAAAAUUUCAAUCUGCACCAGAGCCUAUGACCUCCUUGUGAACAAAAUUGGCUUUAAUCCAUGUGAUAUAAUUUUUGAUCCCAACAUUUUGACUAUAGGUACUGGAAUGGAGGAACAUAAUUUGUAUGCAGUUAACUAUAUCGAUGCAACUAAAACAAUAAAAGAAAAUUUGCCUGGAGCCAGAAUAAGUGGAGGCCUUUCCAAUUUGUCUUUCUCCUUCCGAGGAAUGGAUGCUAUUCGAGAAGCAAUGCAUGGUGUUUUUCUUUUCCAUGCAAUUAAGCAUGGAAUGGACAUGGGGAUUGUGAAUGCAGGAAAUCUUCCAGUAUAUGAUGAUAUCCAAAAGGAACUUUUACAGUUGUGUGAAGAUUUGAUUUGGAAUAAAGACCCAGAUGCAACAGAAAAGCUUCUGCAUUACGCUCAGACCCAUGCUCAAGGAGGAAAAAAAGUGGUGCAGACUGAUGAAUGGAGAAAUGAAUCUGUAGAAGAAAGACUGGAGUAUGCCCUUGUUAAGGGCAUUGAGAAAUAUGUGAUUGAGGAUACCGAAGAGGCUAGACAAAACAAAGAGAGGUAUCCCAGACCCCUGAAUAUAAUUGAGAGGCCGCUAAUGAAUGGCAUGAAAAUAGUUGGCGAUCUUUUUGGAGCUGGCAAGAUGUUUCUUCCUCAGGUAAUUAAAUCUGCUAGAGUUAUGAAGAAAGCAGUGGGUCAUCUUAUCCCAUUCAUGGAGAAGGAAAGAGAAGAGUUACGUGCAUUGUCUGGUAGCACAGAGGAAGAGGAUCCUUAUCAAGGCACUAUUGUGUUAGCUACUGUGAAAGGUGAUGUCCAUGAUAUUGGCAAGAACAUUGUAGGAGUAGUUCUGGGCUGCAAUAAUUUCAGAGUUAUUGAUUUGGGAGUUAUGACACCAUGUGACAAGAUACUUAAAGCUGCUCUUGAAAACAAAGCAGAUAUAAUUGGCCUGUCUGGUCUUAUCACUCCAUCUUUGGAAGAAAUGGUAUUUGUUGCCAAGGAAAUGGAGAGGCUAGAAAUAAAGAUUCCUUUGCUGAUUGGAGGAGCAACUACUUCCAAAACUCAUACAGCUGUAAAAAUUGCUCCACGGUAUAGUGCUCCUGUCAUUCACGUCCUGGAUGCCUCCAAAAGUGUGGUGGUUUGCUCUCAGCUUUUAGAUGAAAGUCUAAAAGAUGACUUUUUUGAAGACAUACGAGAAGAAUAUGAAGACAUUCGACAGGAUCAUUAUGACUCACUCAAGGAAAGAAAAUACUUAUCUUUAGAGCAAGCAAGAAAUAAACGCUUCUAUUACGACUGGAAAACUGAGACUAAAUCAGUGAAACCACAGUUCCUUGGCACUAGAGUCUUUGAAGGUUAUGACUUAGAGAAGCUGGUGGACUACAUUGACUGGAAACCAUUUUUUGAUGUCUGGCAGCUUAGAGGCAGAUAUCCCAACCGGGGAUUCCCUAAAAUCUUCAAUGAUAAAGUAGUGGGAGAAGAAGCAAAAAAAGUCUACAACGAAGCUCAAAACCUGCUGAAAAGUUUGGUUACAAAAAAUAAGCUUAAAGCCAAAGGCCUGAUUGGAUUUUGGCCAGCUCGUAGCAUUAAAGAUGACAUUUACUUAUAUGAUACAGAAGAAAAACUACAAAAUUUGGAACCAAUAGCUAAGUUUUGUGGCUUACGACAACAGGUUGAAAAAGACUCUGGUUCUACAGAUCCCUAUUAUUGCCUCUCUGAUUUUAUAGCCCCCCUGGAGUCUGGUGUUUCUGACUAUUUGGGGCUCUUUGCUGUGGCAUGCUUUGGAGUAGAUGAGCUAUGUAAAGAAUAUGAAAAACAGUCAGAUGACUACAGUAUUAUUAUGGUGAAAGCACUAGCAGAUCGGUUAGCAGAGGCAUUUGCAGAAGAACUUCAUGAACGAGUUCGGAAAGAAUUCUGGGCUUAUUGUAAAAACGAACAGUUGGAAUUUUCAGAUCUGCGUAAGAUAAGAUAUGAUGGCAUACGCCCAGCACCUGGUUAUCCAUGUCAACCCGACCACACUGAAAAAAUCACUAUGUGGAGACUUGCCAAUAUUGAGGAAGCUACAGGUAUUCAGUUAACCGAAUCCCUGGCAAUGUUCCCUGCCUCAGCAGUAUCUGGUCUCUACUUUUCCAAUCCAGCUUCUAGAUAUUUUGCUGUUGGGAAAAUAUUGAAAGAUCAGGUUGAAGAUUAUGCCUUAAGAAAAAAUAUGCCUGUGGCAGAAGUUGAAAAAUGGCUUGGACCUAUUCUUGGAUAUGAUUCAGAGUAACUAAAUAGGGUGAUUGAUUGUUUGGGUGAUAUCCAUAACAGAAAACAUUCAUAAGCAGAAUAGGGAGGAGAUUUCUGUCUGUGUUGGGGGGCAGUAUUGCUUCUCCAUCCCCUAGCAGAGUCCACCAAACUUGUGGAACAAAUAUGGGAGAAAAUUGCCCUUCCUCGUUUUCUGAUUAAUUUUAAAUAAACAAGGAGCAGCUGUUCUGUGGGUAACCCUACAAAUGAUUGUUCAGUGUAGCUAUCUGCCAUGAGGGAAAAGAAACAUCUAAUUGUAAAAUAUUCUCUGCACUACAUCAAACCUACAAUGAGCUGUAAAACAACAAACCUAAAACAAAAUUCUUAGAUGUGAAGAAAAUCUCUCAGUUUUGGCUACCCUGGAAAUGUUGUCCAUUUACAUGCAUAUGCAUAUUACCAUAAGUUAUUUAAAAUAAAGAUAUUCUUUUCUUCUUAAAUUAAA